CUAUUGUCGAGCGCUUUGCAACAUGAUUAGGACAUUAUUACUGACGUGGGCAGUGCCGGCAGUCAUUGGCAUCAUCGUCAAGGAUCCACCACCUACAGAACUCGAUUACAAAUACUCCUACAACAUUGAUGACCCGUCGACUGGAGAUGUGAAAAGCCAGCAUGAGGUUAGACAAGGAGAUGUGGUGUCAGGAUCAUACACGGUGGUAGAUCCCGAUGGCACAAAACGUACAGUUGACUACACUGCUGACCCGAAGAAAGGUUUUAAUGCUGUUGUUCGUACUGAACCAGUCAACAAUGCUUAUGUUCCUGCAAAUAACGCGAUUGAUACUGGCUACGGAUAUGCGUCAGUUCAGCCUAAAGCUGUGUACGAGCCUGCCGAGCGCUACGAGCCUGCCCAGCCACAACAGCCGGUCAAUUACGGUCCAGCUCGUUUGUACACAAGGGCUCAGUACCAACAAGAACCACAACCCAUCUAUUUCACUCCAUCGAACGAUGUAGCACCUGAAGAAGCGCUCUAUAACCACGGACAGUAUUUCGUACCUGCUCAUAGAAAGUAAGACGUGUGUGAAGUUACUAAAACACUUGUGAUAUUAUCAUUUAAGGUAGGUUAUUAUAAAAUAAAUCGAUUAAAAGUGAUACUUUAUACUUUAUGAUUAUGCUAUUUUCUUUGUAAAAAA